AAAAUAAUAUUACAAAUGAUUUAUUUUGAGUUUUUGUAAAGAAAAUUUUCAUGAAAUUCCAAUUUUUUAAUAUAAUAAAUAACAAAAAAAUCUGCAAAAAGGAAAUAUAGAAAAAAAUAUAUAUAAUUCUCUUUCAAGAUCUUUAAUAAUGUGUGAAUUAAUAGCAAGUUUAGCAACUGAAAUCAUUUAAAUAUUGCCCUGUAUAAUUCAGCUUGCAAGCCGGGCUAUCAAUCAUGAUUAACGCAGUUUAAAUGGCAGAAAAAGGUGUUAAUUUGUAUUUGUGCUAAACUCAUUUCAAAUGUUCCUUGGCAUUGUCGUUGCUGCUGCUGCUGCUGCUAUUUGCCAUUGUUGUGUAUAGAUGUGUUAUGUGAUUUAUGUUAACAUUGAAUAAUUGUUUAUAACUUCAAGUUAACAACAAAAACAUCAAAAUGAUAUCACGGUUAAAAUGCAAUUUUAUAAGCAGCAUGUCAUCGGACUCUCAGAGCCAGUCUUCACCUGUAUCAGACAAAUCGGUUUUAGAGCCAUUGGCCGAUCCGAAUAAAUUCCACAAACAAGUGUCCAUUGAUCCUGAACCUGAUUCUUUGGACAGUGUUCUCUCGAAUCCACACUCAUAUCCCAUAACAAUAAUACCGAAUCGUCCUACCACCUACUAUGGAUUGACCAUGCACAAUGGAAAGCCAUUUACGAAAGAGGCAAGCUACAGAUCUCGCAACUUCCGGCCGGGUAGUAUGCGAAAGGUGCGACGACGAGCCGUCUUCAAGAAUGGUGAUUGUAAUGUGCUGCAAAAGAAUUUGACGCGUCGACGCUUGCGUUUCCUGCAGGAUAUGUACACCACAUUGGUGGAUUCACAAUGGCGUUGGACUCUCUUGGCCUUUGCCUUAUCUUUUAUAUUGUCGUGGUUGAUAUUUGCGGUACUUUGGUGGCUGAUUAUGUACACACAUGGAGAUUUAGAGGAGUUGCAUUUGCCCCACAAUCAGGAGGAAAGUGGCUGGGAGCCUUGUGUCUCAGCCAUCAAUGGUUUUACCUCUUGCUUCCUCUUCUCCAUUGAGACACAACACACCAUUGGCUAUGGUGUGCGCACCACUUCCGAGCAUUGUCCCGAGGCUAUUUUCAUGAUGUGUUUCCAGUCCAUCUAUGGUGUCAUGUCGUCAGCCUUUAUGGCUGGCAUUGUCUUUGCCAAGAUGACGCGAGCCAAGCAGAGGGCUCAGACUUUGCUCUUUUCGAAAAAUGCCGUCAUCUGCCAAAGAGAUGGCAUCCUGAGUUUAAUGUUUCGUGUAGGUGAUAUGCGCAAGUCCCACAUCAUUGGAGCCGGAGUGAGGGCACAAUUGAUCCGCACCAGAAGCACCAAGGAGGGUGAGGUUAUGACGCAACAUUUCACCGAGUUGGAAAUUGGAGCUGAUGAAUGUGGUUCGGAUAUCUUCUUCAUUUGGCCCAUGGUCAUAGAGCAUAAGAUCGAUGAGAACUCACCGCUGUAUAAUAUGUCUGCCACAGAUUUGCUGCAUGACAAAUUCGAAAUUGUGGUGAUGCUGGAGGGCACAGUGGAGUCGACUGGCCAAUCGACCCAGGCUCGUUCCAGCUACAUCAAUACAGAGAUUUUGUGGGGCCAUCGCUUUGACCCGGUGGUAGUUUACAAUAAAGAUCGCCAGGCCUACGAAAUCGAUUACGCCCGUUUCAAUGAAACCACCCAGGUGGACACGCCGCUGUGUAGUGCCCGCGAUUUAAAUGAGAUCUACAAAAUUCAAGAAGGUUUCACUACACCAGCUGAAACCACAUUUACCAUGCGUCAAUUGUCCCUCAAUCCAUCCGAACAGGCAUCAUAAAACAAAACUCGCAUAAAAAAAAAUUAAAUAAAACAAACCCAAAAAAAUCCAGCCAUUUCAUAUAAAACCGCAAUCGAUCAAAAGUUCGUAGCUUGAGAAGAAUGCCUUGGAAUAGAAGCGAAGAAAUUAUUACAUUCAGCUUGUUUAGGGUACAUAAACAAUGUCAGAGCUUUUUGCCGAAACAGACUAGACUUAGAAACACACAAACACACAUACCCACACCCAAGUAUCAUAAAAUCCUUUUGAGUCUAAAUCAAGAAAUAGAAGUUAAAAUGUGUUUUUUUGUAUUAUUUACGAGCUUGUUUUUGUCAGCCAUAAAAAGUGUUUUUGUCGAAUCGAUUUUUUGCUAUGGAAUUAAUGUAAAGCCAUUUAUUGUUAGUCAACCGUUAAAUUAGUUUAUCGAAAAUAGAUAAAAUAGCAUUGUGUUGCGUUUGUCUCGUUAGUAAAUCAUAAAAUUAAAACAAAAACGUCGUAGUGUUAAUAUAAAUCUAAUAAAAGCCAUUCAAUAACA